GGUCUCGCUGGAUUGGAAGAGUCUCGAGCUCGCCAUGCUCCGUUUCCUUCUCUGCCUCGCCGCCUUCCUCCAGGGCAUCUUCGCCCAAGGAGGAAGAUCCCUGGACUCCAUGGACCAACUCAUCGAAGCUCUGCAGGCUGGCAGGAGCGUUUCUGCCACGUUCGACAGCUUGUUGUGCGAGCAGACCAACUUUUCCGAACCCUUCCUGGGCGGCUUUGGAAUUGCAGCUGAUGGAACGUUCAUCCUGGUCAAUACGUACGUGGAUAGAGGCAGUGUUGCCCUUCUCGAUGUCUACGAGAUUUCUGGCGAUACCGGUCUCGUCCUCAACAACUACUUCGCAUUUUGCACAGCUUUAAUAGGAGCUACCUUUCACGAGAAAGGAAACCACCAACCUGACACUGCGAUUACAUCGUUCGAUGAUUUGAGGACGGUAAUGAUGGAAAGAGGUCAGCUGACGGUUGUGGCAAACGUGAUUGGCUGUGAGCAUCCUCUUCCGCCAGAGGUGACUAUCGCCGAGGGCGGAUCCGCUGAGUUUCAGUACUACGUCCUUCAAGAUGCUGGAGAAACGAUGCUCUUUGUGGAAUGGCCGGGCCUGUCUCUCAGCAACGUCGAGGGUCAGACCGUCUACACGGUGACCAGGGCCAUCAUCAACGUGGACGGGACUGCCCACCUCAGCGGCCAUUCGUACAACACGCAAACCUGGGAGGAUGAAUAUCCUUAUCCGGACGGAUUCCAGUGCGUCCUCGGGGAAUCCCUCACCUUUUACUAUGCCUCAGGCGGCGAAUUCGCGUCGUACGCGACGUAUGCGGACGUGGAUGCUGCCGUUUCGGCCGGGAAGGAUCUCCUUGCUCUUGUGAAUGCCCGCGCGUGCGAAAUGAAUGGCACUUACCCGGAGAUUCUGGCUGCUGGAGUCCAUGUGAUGUCUUGGAUUCGAUGGGAAACCGGAGAAAUGCCAGGCAUCCAUUUCACUCAAUCCAUCCCCGAUGUCACGGGAGACUUACUCGUGCAAGCAUUCUACUUGGCCAUCGACGAAACAUUAUACGUCCGUGGCACUACGUUCAACCCAGUCGACCCUGGCGACAUCCCAGAUGUAGUCACGCUUUCGUGCCCCCUCGGAUCAGGUGUCUGGUUCAUCGCGGCUCCCUACGACGGGACGGAGUUGACGAGUUUUGCAGCGAUAGUCCAGGCGGAACUGGAUGGAGAGAAGUUGUGGGUUGAAAUCGAUUUCAGUGAGUGCGUGGACCCGACUGGUGAGUUCGAUCUCACCGGUCUCAGAGCAGGUGCGCGACUGCAAGAUCUCACCAUUCUCGGUUCAGGCACUGCCGAAGAAAGGCUUUUUGGAUCUGCAUUUGCUGUGAAUGGCGAUUCCAAUAGUGGUGUGGUCUACGAGACGUUCGGAGUGACCAUCGACGGUAACGACGAUGCCAUCGUCUACCAAGGCUCCUGGCGAUACGAUGAAAAUGGCGAAUGGGGCAACGCAUUCGGUGACACCAUCUUUGAAUGCACCCUUGGUGGGGGUGUUAAGGUUUUGCAGGAGGUCUAGGAGCCGAAAAAAGUGCUAAUUUCUCCCUUGCAUCGAGAAAAUCCUCGCCCUUAUUCAAAGCUGAAGAAUAAAAUAUAAUUUUUCUCCCACCGA